UAUUUGACCGGUUUCCAUUAAGAUACAUUAAGAACUGGGGGUGUAAACUUUUCCCUUACUUUUUCCACAGCAACUAGUCAGGCACCAUGUUUGAAUGAAGAGUGUACAACCAUCAUUACACCAACACCUGAUGGUACUGUUCCAGUGACAGACACAGUGCCAGCUAUAGGAACAGUUCAAUCUGUAGAUAGUGUCCCAGCUGUAGACACUCUUCCAAGUGCAGACACGCUUCCGUCUCUGGAAAGUGUCCCCUUUGUAGAGACAGUGCCACCUGUAGAUAGUGUCUUGGGUCUAAAUUCAGUUGCUGAUGAGGUUCCAGCUCCACCUCAAGCUCCAGAUGCAGCUGAACUGCCUUCCACAUCCAUCAGUGAAGUGCAGCAGUACAAGGACACAAUGGAUGUACCCACAUAUCCACCAGCUGGGAAGCGUCUGACUAUCUACAUGUUGGAGUCAUCUCGUUUAGACGACCAGAUCCAGAUGACGCAUGAUCACCUGUUACCUCUGGUCGAGGAAAUCCACCCAACUCAGGCUAACAAGAUCACCUGGAUGCUUUUGGAGGAUGCGAACAACUUUGAGAUCAUAGACACGAUUCCAUACCCUGAGCUCCUGCGUACCAAGGUGGAUGAAAUGGAUGCACUCCUGAAGGCGAGGGAAGCUGGAUGUAAGCCGGUGAGGAUUUUUAAUGAAAACUGGACAUGUGCUGAUAAUCGGUUAUGUGACACACAACAAUAUUUCAUAUUUAGAUUUAUCGUCACAACACAGUUUACACGGGGAUAAAAAGUUCCAUUAAUAAAGCAGUCACACACACACACACACACACACACACACACACAGACUAAAACCACUCUGCAUUUCUAUUUCAGGAAACCCUGAAGAUGUUAUUUAACAACAACAAUAAGAAGAAUAAGAACAAGAAGAGAAAGAAUAAAUACAAUACAAUACAAUAAAACAGUGCAACCAAUAUUGUACAUAUUAUGAAGUGGUCUUGGUCUUGAUUAUUGUCCUUUAUUUAGAAUUUAAAGAUUGUAAAUGAAUUAGCUCCAGAAUGUUAAAAUCUUAAGCAUUAACUGAGAAGAAUUAACGUCACAGAGUCAGAACUCACAGAGAUUACGUUGUAAAUGGCUGAGUUAGUUAAAGAACG